CUCAAGCUAUUCUACAACUGGUUGCAGGCGUGAUCGCUCUUCACGAACUCACUCAACCAUACAACCAUCAGAAAAAAUCUCCCCUCUCUCAGAAUUCAGAAACCCCAAUAUCAGCGCAUUGAGAUCGUAUAACCAACAGAGGAAAGAAAAAAAUAUAUUAAAAAAGGAAUUUUCCCAUUCGCCCGCGACAAAUCGAUGUCUGUUUCGACGGCGAUGGUGGGAUCGAGCUCGUGGUCCCGCGCGCUCGUGCAGAUCUCACCGUACACGUUCUCCGCCAUCGGAAUCGCCAUCUCCAUCGGCGUCUCCGUCUUGGGCGCCGCUUGGGGAAUUUAUAUAACCGGAAGCAGUUUGAUUGGUGCUGCGAUUAAAGCUCCUCGUAUCACUUCCAAGAAUCUUAUUAGUGUUAUUUUCUGUGAGGCUGUCGCAAUAUAUGGAGUUAUUGUGGCAAUCAUUUUACAAACAAAGCUAGAGAGUGUGCCAGCAUCCCGGAUAUAUGAGCCAGAGUCUCUGAGAGCUGGAUAUGCCAUCUUUGCUUCAGGCAUCAUUGUGGGUUUCGCCAACCUUGUUUGUGGGCUGUGCGUGGGAAUAAUUGGAAGCAGUUGUGCGCUGUCUGAUGCUCAGAAUUCCUCACUUUUUGUAAAGAUUUUAGUGAUCGAAAUCUUUGGCAGUGCACUCGGGUUGUUUGGGGUGAUUGUGGGGAUAAUCAUGUCAGCACAAGCGACAUGGCCAGCAAAGCAGGUGUGAGUAUUAUCAUCAGAAUCAGAUGUUCCUGGCUCUCUUUAUUUUCCCACCAGGAUGGCUUGUGGUGUUUGUAUCUUCAUCCGUGGAAGCUACAAUGUGGUUGUUCUGUCACAUUCAUUAAUCUCAUGUGAGAAUCAACAUAAUUGCUAGUUCUGUGUAUUGACCUUGAGAAUUAUUCAUGUAGUCUGUCUCUGAUCUGUAGUUAACGGCAAUUCUGUUACUUCAAAAUUAUCAAGCAAAGCGGGGCCUUUUUCAAA